CAAAUGACAUCACGGCUUUAAACAUUCCCGAUGCUUCCCUCCUAUCAUCACUACUCAAGAAGUAAACCAGCCGUUAAGGUUGAGCUAUGACUCUGUAGCCUGUGGAACUCUAUACGUCGUAUCUGGUUCAUAGACUUUACCGACCCGUGUGAGAUCUUUUUAUUCAAGUGUGCACGCUUAGAAUCGGGAGCCGCUGGAUCUUGGGAAAGCGGUUAUCUGGCUUCAUUGCGAAGAGGGGUGGCUGAAAAAAGGACCAAGCUAAAUCGGGCGUGGUGGCAGAAAAUAGUUGUAUUUUUGUUUGGAGAACUUUAAGUACAAUCCAAGAUGUCUCUGUCGGUACCGCAGAACGGAAUCAAGUCUGACAAUGAACCCGUCAUCGAGCUCUUUGUCAAGGCGGGCAGUGAUGGGGAAAGCAUCGGGAACUGCCCCUUCUCCCAGAGGCUCUUCAUGAUCCUGUGGCUGAAGGGAGUGGUCUUCAACGUCACCACAGUGGACCUAAAGAGGAAGCCGGCAGACCUCCAGAAUCUGGCCCCAGGCACGCACCCGCCCUUCAUCACCUUCAACGGCGAGGUCAAGACGGACGUCAACAAGAUUGAGGAGUUCCUGGAAGACGUCCUCAGCCCACCCAAGUUCACUAAGCUCAGCCCGAGGCACCCUGAGUCGAACACAGCUGGGAUGGACAUCUUCGCCAAGUUUUCAGCCUUCAUUAAGAACUCCAAACCAGACGGCAACGAGGUUCUGGAGCGUGGUCUUCUGAAGACCCUGCAGAAGCUGGAUGAGUACCUGCGCUCACCGCUACCCGACGAGAUCGACCAUAACAGCAUCGAGGACGUCAAGGACUCCAGCCGCAUGUUCCUGGACGGAGACGAGAUGACGCUAGCGGACUGCAACCUGCUCCCCAAGUUGCACAUAGUCAAGGUGGUGGCCAAAAAGUACCGGGGCUUCGACAUCCCCAAGCAGAUGACGUCCAUCUGGAAGUACCUGAACAACGCCUACGCCCGCGAGGAGUUCACCAACACCUGCCCCAGCGACAACGAGAUCGAGAUCGCCUACGGAGACGUAGCCAAGAGGCUGGUCAAAUAAACCCCCAACCCCACUCCUACAGCCCCCCCCCCCCCCCCCCCCCACUUCUCUCGACCCCCCCCCCCUUCUUCCCUCAGUCCAGCGCUGGGACAAUGUCUGCUCAUCCUCGAGAAAGAAAACACAAAAACUAUGGAUUCCUGUACUUCUCUCCUCCAUUUUAGGGCCAAACACUUGAUCAGCAUGAACCCUGACAUUUCUCCCUCUCUCACUUUCUAUCUCUUUCUCACUCUCGCUCUCUCCGGUGUUGGUGAGGUACUUUCGGUUGAAAAGUAAAUUCAGCAAAUUAUGACCUUCCAUUUUUGCAGGCAUAAACUGCUUAUUUUCUGUUAACUGUUGUAAUGUUUUUGUCUGAUUUACUGUCGCGCACUAGUGCCUAUCAGUGUAGGGAAACCGGGCAGACUCACUCCACCGAUAAGUGACCUUCAAGUUGACCUUCAAAUCUCUGAGGUGGCAGAGCUAUUUUCAUUGUCGUUGUUUUGUUUUUGUCAUUUAUAUUUGUUUAAUACCAGUUGCCUCCAUUUCGGCUGCUCCAUAGACCAGAUCACAGAAGCUGAUUAUAUAACUUUAUACAUGUUUAGCUAGAGGUGGUGUAAACAGUGUUUAACGCUUCAGUGUUUUGUUGUUUUUGGCUUAAGUAUUCAAAAGUUUUUGUUUAUCAGAAGCUAACCCAAACCAUUACGGUUAACAUAUCAAGUGAAAAAUGCUUUAUUUUAAUGCUGAGUUGCUCAAAUACAUGUCUAUCCAAAAAUAACUAAUCAGCAGGUGAAGUUACUGGCAUCCAUGCUCUGACUCCUAUUCGCAAUAUGUGGCCAAAGCAAAACCAACUGUUUUAGCUAUUUUAAGAAAUGUAGCUUAUAGACCCAUUUGAAGACUGUACUGAAGGGAAAACUGUCUUAUUUAAGAAACACUGAGGAUAAAUGCUCCAUCUAGCAGCCAAAAACACCCCGCAGAUGUAUGUCCCGAAGCACAGUGGGGUUUAGGAAGUCUUCACUCUGGGUGCUCGGUUAGUAGCAUUAGGUUAAAUCCACAUUAAAUGGAAACCAUACCAAAAAGAACAACUAAAAAUGGCACAUUAUUCUGGUCUCACUGUGGAUUGGAUGACUCGUAAAAAUGCAACUAGCGACUUCAACAAAACAAACCACAUUCUCUCCCUGUCUCCAUGUCAUACGGAAGGAAGGAAGGACGCUGGUCUGUGGUCAGGCAGGAGGAAAAGUGACACUAAAUAUAUUUAUAAAGGAAUGGAUUAGAAGAUACCAGUGAAGGAGAGGCAUGUAGUACCCUGUAUAAUGUUCAGGAUGUGUGCAUCCUGUUCUGAGAAGGUUAACGGGAAUGUUCGCUAAAGUUUAGGGCUAGGUUGAUAAAAUGAAAUAAAAGUGGAUGCUUCAAGCAAACAAAUUCACCACCUUUCUGUCGGAUAUUUGUUAGAAAAAAAACCAUUUGAUAAAAGUAAUUGUAAAUAUUAUGUUUUGAUUGCUAAGAGUUCAGUGUGUACAUUUUAUACAUUCAUCUGUUUGAACUUUUAGAAGCAGGGCUGAAUUCAGCCCGGUUUGAUUUUAUUUCUAGGAAUUGUAUCUUGCCUUACUUUUUCUCUGCUUAUUAUUUUACAGAGGUCACUGCAUUGCGAAAUGAGUUUCACUGAGUACGAAAAUAAGACUGCGUCAUGGCUUUUCUUUUCAUAACAAUGAUUGAAUUGAAAUAAAAACGUUAUCGACACUC